AUGCCGUCUCGAGCUCACAGCUGGUCCUCACGACCACAAUGUGGUUCCUUGACGGGAGGCCGAGCUUCUCUUCUCCCCCGGGUGAAGAGAUGGGAUGGCGCGGCUCGGUCUUCUGCUGACUGGGAUUGCACGAGGAGGGACCCGGAGCUGUGGCUUCCACACAGCAACUGCUUUAUUCACUUGUGUGGUAAGGGUCAAGCACGGAGAGGAGCCACCUUUAGGCUACCCAUGGGCCCGUUGCUGGCGGCCAAAUGCCAUCCCCUGAUCCAGCGUUUCAUUGCCCACGACGUGCCCGAGGCGUGCUCUCCGGGAUCGAUGCCCGGCCAUCAUCCGUUGAACGACCUGGACUUCUGGCACCGCCUGAACCCGACAAAGAGAGUCGACCUUUUCAUCCCCCCGCCCCUAGGAGCUGACAGGCGUGAGGCGUUCCUCUACCACCUCGCGGUCCGAAACCUGUUCGCGUGGGUCUUCCGCAAGUCCCUGGUCGGCGAAUACCUGGGUUCCGCCUUGGUCGCACUCCUUAACCUCAUGUCCGAGUUCAGAUCCCACGACGCCGACCAUGUCGCCGAUCUGAUGGACUACCUGGAGGACGAGGGCUACCUGAACAUCGGCAACGAGCCGACCCAUGCGCUAGCCGUGCUACGCUUGGCCGAGGUCUUCCAGUUGCGUGAUCUUUUCAUCAACGCAUUCGCUCACUGUGCCGGGAUGAGCGAGCACCUCUUUUCGACCCCGGAAUACCAACUCAUCAGCUCCGUCUCCAAGAGGCUGAUACGCCGGGCCCGUGUCGAGAUGGACUUGCGACUGAGCAAAGCCGGCAACAUGCUGCGCACAUUUCUUCAAGACGAGCUCUCCGAAAGUUUCCUCGGGCUUCCUCCGGGCGGAAGAGCACACCUCGAACGCUUCCGCUCCUUCAUUUUCGCUUUCUAUUCCACCAAGCUCGGGUACUAUCCCCCGCCGUCGACGGAUGCCCGUAGCACCAUCUUCGAGCCCGAGAUCUACCGUCGGAUGUUCGACGACUUCAAAGCUCUCUACGAGCUCCUCGUCGACGAACGCUUCACGCCGGCCGAGACCACGCCGCCUCUCGCCCGGGGAAGCAUCUGCGUCAUGCAGACGGUGCACUCCUUCGAUCUUCGGUGCCGGUACGACUCCCUCCCGCACCCGUUACCCCUGCUCCCCGAUGUUCCAUCCACGCCUCCCCCGUCCCGUCGGUUUGCGUGGUUCUCGGUCAUGACCAAGCAGGACAAGCAGCGACCGGACAGCCGACUGCUUUCUCAAGCGGCGCUCACCCGCGCCUCGAACCACCGCAAGCACGGCAUCCUCCAAAACGAACUCGUCCAGGCGUACCGGAGGUUCGAGGAGCUGUCUGUUCCGCUUUCCCCCGGCCGAGGCGACCGCCACGAGAAGAUCGACCUCCUCGAUGCCCGCAAGGCACGCUGGAUAUUCAUAUACUCGGUCUACCAAGCGCUGCGCUCCUGCACACGCAUCCCGGCCGAGGUGAGAGACCGCAACGUCGAAUACAACAUGGCCGUAUCGACCGAAAAUCUGGCCCCGUGGAUGGAAGGCGAGAAGGUGAGGCUAGGCAGCUUCAUCCAGUCCAAGACGGCCGAACCGCGCCCCAGCCGGGCGCCCUCCAUGCCGGAACGCACCUGGAGCAUCCAGGCCACCCCCACACGCGUCAUCGAAAUCAAGCCGGACAUUGACUACUUCGCCCUCACGCACCAAAACACCCCGGCAGAGCGGUCAACGACGUCGUCCAACUCGCCCAGCAUUCCCGAACGCACGCGCAGCCUGAGCCGGACCCUCUCCCUCUCCCUCUCCCUCUCCCGCAACAACACGCUCCGACGCUCGCUGACCCUCCUCAAGGGCCGCCAAAAACAAGCAUCCGAACCGUCCUCGCCAGCGCGAAAGACCAAGACCACUCCGGCUUACCACGAGAUCGUAGUCCACGGCUACGGGAACGGGACGCACGCGGUCAGCGCCGACCCGGAGGAGCUGGGAGCCGAGUCGCCCCCGUCAGGGACCGCAGAGAGCAGCGUCUCGGGCGAAUCGUAUUCCACUGCGCCGUCGAACCCGGAGAGCGUAGUCACGACCGACACGCCGCUUUCGUCCGUCCCCGCUAGCCUGUAUCAGGCUUCUACGGGUGCUUUCUCCCCCAAGCUGAACAGUUCCGAGACGACGAAGCCGAUGUCCUCGACGCGUUCCCGUCGCCGCGAGGCCCGUUCGUACGUUGGUCCGACGCGGGCACCACCCGAACACCUCGCCAUGACCCCUUCGUCGUUGUCGUCGUCCUCGUCCUCCUCCUUCUCCUCUUCUUCGUCCCGGCCUCGGAGUCUUGUGCCUGAUAUGGAGGGUCGAGUUCAGGGGAUGGUGGGUGGUGAGGGGAGUGCGGAUUACGUACACGCCUACAUGGCGCUGGUGGGAGGAGGGGGAGGAGGAGGAGGAGGAGGACACCACUGUUACAAGAUCCAGUCGUCGUCCCGGUCGCGCACCAUGGGUUGCGAUUUGACGCCGGCGCUGGAGGAGGACGAGGACAUUCGCCCUGUGUGGGAGCAGUUUCACGAUUUGGGAGGGUUGAAGCGUCCCGGACCUGCGCCUACCACGACGAAGAGCUAA